AUGUUGGCUAUUGGACCACUUCAAAUGCAAUAUAUCGGUUUUACUUUAGAAAUUGAUCCUGGUCAACCUGGCUGUGUCUACAACGAGCAAUGUUCAUCCGUAUGGCCAGACGCUUUUUGUGAUACUUCAGCCGGAGUUGGCACCUGUCGUUGUGGGGAAAAUAAGAUCGAAAGAGCUACUCGUGAUGGUCACGUUUGCCUUGAUAUGCUUGACGCCAAUCAAAACGUGCUCGCUAUCACGUGCCCUCUUCCAGAAGGCGCAGGGUAA